AGUAGUAGUAGUAGUAGUAGUAGUAGUAGUAGUAGUAGUAGUAGUAGUAGUAGUAGUAGUAGUAGUAGUAGUAGUAGUAGUAGUAGUAGUAGUAGUAGUAGUAGUAGUAGUAGUAGUAGUAGUAGUAGUAGUAGUAGUAGUAGUAGUAGUAGUAGUAGUAGUAGUAGUAGUAGUAGUAGUAGUAGUAGUAGUAGUAGUAGUAGUAGUAGUAGUAGUAGUAGUAGUAGUAGUAGUAGUAGUAGUAGUAGUAGUAGUAGUAGUAGUAGUAGUAGUAGUAGUAGUAGUAGUAGUAGUAGUAGUAGUAGUAGUAGUAGUAGUAGUAGUAGUAGUAGUAGUAGUAGUAGUAGUAGUAGUAGUAGUAGUAGUAGUAGUAGUAGUAGUAGUAGUAGUAGUAGUAGUAGUAGUAGUAGUAGUAGUAGUAGUAGUAGUAGUAGUAGUAGUAGUAGUAGUAGUAGUAGUAGUAGUAGUAGUAGUAGUAGUAGUAGUAGUAGUAGUAGUAGUAGUAGUAGUAGUAGUAGUAGUAGUAGUAGUAGUAGUAGUAGUAGUAGUAGUAGUAGUAGUAGUAGUAGUAGUAGUAGUAGUAGUAGUAGUAGUAGUAGUAGUAGUAGUAGUAGUAGUAGUAGUAGUAGUAGUAGUAGUAGUAGUAGUAGUAGUAGUAGUAGUAGUAGUAGUAGUAGUAGUAGUAGUAGUAGUAGUAGUAGUAGUAGUAGUAGUAGUAGUAGUAGUAGUAGUAGUAGUAGUAGUAGUAGUAGUAGUAGUAGUAGUAGUAGUAGUAGUAGUAGUAGUAGUAGUAGUAGUAGUAGUAGUAGUAGUAGUAGUAGUAGUAGUAGUAGUAGUAGUAGUAGUAGUAGUAGUAGUAGUAGUAGUAGUAGUAGUAGUAGUAGUAGUAGUAGUAGUAGUAGUAGUAGUAGUAGUAGUAGUAGUAGUAGUAGUAGUAGUAGUAGUAGUAGUAGUAGUAGUAGUAGUAGUAGUAGUAGUAGUAGUAGUAGUAGUAGUAGUAGUAGUAGUAGUAGUAGUAGUAGUAGUAGUAGUAGUAGU